AUGUGUAGAGUUGUGAGAGUUUUUUCAUUGGGAUGGGUUGUGAUGAUGAUUAUGAGUAUUAGAAAUGAUCAAGUAGCAGAUGGUGCAAUUUCUCAGCAUUUGAUGGAAAAGAUUUAUAUGAUAAACAACAAGGGUCCUUACUUGGGUAUAGUAGUGCCCAACAGUUUUGAGAUGAACCCUCUUCUCCAAUCUUCAAGUUUUGUUCCUUAUCCCAUGCUUCCCUACUUGGAUUUUGCAGGAAGAAGGUUUCGAAUUGGAACCUUGGAAAGUCGAAAAGUUAUUGUUGUCAUGACCGGACUCAGCAUGUUUAAUGCAGGGAUAGCAACACAGUUGCUGCUAAGUGUAUUCAAGAUUGAAGGAGUAGUUCACUUUGGAAUAGCAGGAAAUGCAAAUCCUCAAUUCCAAGUGGGAGAUGUUACUAUCCCUCAAUAUUGGGCUCACUCAGGCCUCUGGAAUUGGCAGCGGUUUGGAGAUGGACCUGAUGAUGAACUUGCAUUUGAAUCCAGUGGAGACUAUACAAGAAAAAUCGGUUACCUUAAUUUCUCCGAGUAUGAAAAUGGGACAAGAAAUCUGAAUUAUUCAGACAACCUUCUCAACAACGUUUGGUAUCAACCGGAAGAGAUAUUUUCCAUUGAUGGACAACCUGAGAUUAGACAGCAUGCCUUUUGGGUUCCUGUUGACAAGCUCUACUUUUCACUUGUAGACAAACUUGAGGAUAUUGUCCUCGAAAGCUGUGUCAAUUCUACUACGUGUUUACCUCGACCUCCAAAGGUAAUUAGAGUGGAAAGAGGGGUGAGUGCUAAUGUGUUGGUAGACAAUGGUGCCUAUCGAGAUUUCUUGCAUUCUAAGUUCAAUGCAACUCCAAUCGACAUGGAAAGUGCCGGAGUAGCCCUUGUAUGUCUCCAACAAAAGACGCGAUUUAUAGCAAUUAGGGCACUAUCUGAUUUAGCAGAUUAUAUAUCAUUGGAGACUUGCAAGCCUCUUCUAAUAACCUUGUGA